AUGCCGAGUGGCCACGCCCCAGUAAAGGGUCUGGGCAGAGAGGCUAGAACUAGGUCAACGGCUCACACCCUAGAUGUGCGGGCAGGCAUGGCUACGUCUCUCUACGCACCCAAGUCAGGAGCCGAAGCUGAGAGUCCUGCCCCCUGCCCUCACCGCCCCUUCCCAAGCUGGAAGACCAUGUGCUGGGCCAGCCUAGCCCUCCUGCUACCCCUCCUAGUGGGGGCCCUGGGAUACAAUAUUAAAGGGUUAAAUAUGAAGGAAGUCUGUGGUCGACCCCACGUCUCAGAGAGAAUCCUUGAGGGCCUGGACACAUCCCUGCUCAGGUGGCCGUGGCAGGCCAAGCUCGUCUAUAAGACCAGUUAUUGGUGUGGGGCCACCCUCAUCUCACCAAACUGGGUGCUAACAGCUGCCCACUGCUUCCGCAAUCAAACAAAAAAUCCCCAGUUCUGGAAGGUUCAGCUGGGAUCCAAGAGAAUCAGACCCCAUCAGCUAAAUGCUAACCAGUUUUACCACCGACCUUUGUCAAAAAUCGUCCUAUACCCUUACUACAAAAGACAACCAUCCAAGGACAUCGCUCUAGCAAAGAUGAGCUCCCCGAUACCUUUCAGGAAGACUAUCCAGCCCAUUUGUCUCCCAACUUCUUUGGGAGAGUUUCAGAAUGUGACCUCGUGCUGGGUGACUGGCUGGGGAAGAAGGCUGGAGGGACAAGUGAGAAUGAGUAAGAGGGACUGGUUGAAGAGACAAAGGGGCCUGCAGGAAAUAGAAGUGCCCCUCAUCAACCAAAAGACCUGUGACAUCUAUUAUCAGGAGAGAUUAGGCACUUCCAGUCAGGUGGGCCUAGGGUUUGAUGACAUGUUCUGUGCUGGCUUUUCAAGUGGCAAGAGAGACACCUGCCAGGGUGACUCCGGAGGGCCCUUGUCCUGUAAGGUUAAUGGUACCUGGCGUCAGGCUGGGAUUGUGAUCUGGGAACUAGGUUGUGACAGUGCUAACCUGCCUGGUGUCUAUACCAACGUCAGCAUCUACACGCCCUGGAUCCUAAAGACCAUCAACUCGAGUACCCCUGGCCUCCAUCCCUCAGGGAUCUUCUGCACUCUCCCACUGCUGCUACCUUGGAUUUUCUUAGGCUUCUUUAGUUCAUUUCUUAUGGAUCCUAGUCAAAGUUUGUUGAGAUUGCUUGAGGGGCUCAUUCUCCUUAUGUCGCUGUGA